AUGUAUAUUGAAUCAUUGGAGAAUGAUGACUAUAGUGAUAAGGAUGAUGGAACCUUUUUGGGGAAAUUCCGGAACUCAUUUCUUGAGAUUUCAACCUACCAAUUGCACAAGCACAAGUAGAAACAGAAACAAAUAGGAGCAGCCACUGAUUUCAAAUAAGGAUGCAGACAACUAUUGACAUUCUAUCUAUAACAGAAGACUCCUUUGCCAGAAUUGAUUUAUGCUUUGAAUAUCAGUAGGAAAUCCAGAUCCACCCAUGAAGUGGUUGACCUAACUAUAACACCGAACAAAAAGUUCUAUUGUUAAUUGGUGAGUGAGGAAGUCUUAAUGAAUUUGGGUAUCGAUAUCAAUUACCAAUAUUAACUUGAUCAAAAUACAAGUUAAUAGACUUUUGAUUUUAUUUUGGAGGAAAUACUCUAAUAAUUAGUAGAACGAUAGUGGUUGUAGAUGCUAUCUCAACCCAAAGUAAUUUAGGCAGUGCUGGAAAUGACACUAGAAUACAUAGCUUUUAUGAAAGAGAGAGUCCAAGUGAUACUGCAAGAUCCCUGUGUGAUUGAAUUCAUAGAGCAAUUGAGAUUAUUGCUGGAUGAGAAAGAGAGGAAGAAAGUAGUUUGUAAUGAUGUCAUAAAGGAAACAUACUAAAUACUUAUUAAAUUGAUGGAUUGCAUGAGAGACCCAGAAAUAUUUGAGUAAUAGAAGAAUGAUCUAUACAAAGUCAAAUCAGAACAUAUCCAUCAACGAAAAAAGAGAAAACAGAACAGAGAAUACAAAUACAGUUUGGAAAUCAACUUCUGGAAACAACGUUCUAAAAUACCAGCUUAUUUCAUCUAUGUGAACAGGAUUGCUAUGCCAGAAAUCAUCUACUCCAUUAAAAUUGACAGACCUGAACGAAGGAAUUUCCCGAACAAAAUUAAAUUACGAUUGUAUACAACUGAAAAAACCAUUGAAGCCUUGUAUACCCAACCUUCAACUAAAGAGUUUAUGGAGUCAUUUUACAUGAAUGACGUGGUUCCUAAUUAGACACUUAAGUAUUUGGAUAGGUUGAAGGCUAAACGAUAUUUCGAUGAUGAAAGAGUGGAUGACAUUUAUGCCACCAAUCUUAUCAAUGGAAUAGUUGAUGCCAUCUACGAAUAGGCCCAAAAAGAUGUGGAUAUCAUGGAUAGAUUGCAUGACUGUCUCACUUCCCCUUGUGGAGGCUUCUUGAUAGUCAAAUUGCAUCAUCUACUGAAACAAGAAGAUCUUUCGCCCAGAGACAUUGUGGAAGAUCUGGCCCAACGUAUUGAUAAACUCAAAGAGUUACUCAAGGGAUACAAGAGAUCAGUUCCAUUGCCUAUCAAUCCUGAUGAAUAUAUUCCAGAAUUAAAAAUGGAAUGA